CCGAGUCGUCGAGCGGCGCCGGGUAGCGGAAGCCGCGGGGUGCGCUUGCCGGGGCCUGCCCUGUGGACCCGCUGGACGCGAGCCUGCCAAGUGCCGAGGUGGCGCCGGAGGGAACUAACCCGGCGGAGGCCACGAGUCAGUCGGUGACUCACGAGCAUUGUGCCAGGCUCCGGCACCUCCGCUGCAGCUGUGGGCCUCGCGCUGGGCACCGGGGUUCUGCGGGGCAGGGCGCCUCUCCCGCCCGGUGCGUUGCUCCGGCGUGGGAUCCCGGAGCUGUCAGACUCAGCGUGCAGGUGAAUGGGGACCGGGGCUUGCAGAGGAACUCUAUUUUAAGAAACUCUCCAGUAAAAAAAAGCAAGUCAUGGAGAAGAACGGGAACAACCGAAAGCUCCGGGUUUGCGUUGCCACCUGCAACCGAGCCGACUACUCAAAACUGGCCCCGAUCAUGUUUGGCAUCAAGACGGAGCCCGCGUUCUUCGAGCUGGACGUGGUGGUGCUGGGCUCCCACCUGAUCGACGACUACGGAAACACAUACCGCAUGAUUGAGCAAGAUGACUUUGACAUUAACACCAGGCUGCACACAAUUGUUAGAGGGGAAGAUGAAGCGGCUAUGGUAGAGUCGGUAGGCCUAGCGCUAGUGAAGCUACCGGAUGUCCUCAACCGCCUGAAGCCUGACAUCAUGAUUGUUCACGGGGACCGAUUUGACGCCCUUGCUCUGGCGACGUCUGCUGCCUUGAUGAACAUCCGCAUCCUUCACAUUGAGGGAGGAGAGGUCAGCGGAACCAUUGAUGACUCUAUCAGGCAUGCCAUAACAAAACUGGCUCACUACCAUGUGUGCUGCACCAGAAGUGCAGAGCAACACCUGAUCUCCAUGUGUGAGGACCACGACCGCAUCCUUUUGGCAGGCUGCCCUUCCUAUGACAAACUGCUCUCAGCCAAGAACAAAGACUAUAUGAGCAUCAUCCGGAUGUGGCUAGGUGAUGAUGUAAAAUGUAAGGAUUACAUCGUUGCCCUGCAGCAUCCCGUGACCACUGACAUUAAGCAUUCAAUAAAGAUGUUCGAGCUAACACUGGAUGCCCUGAUCUCGUUUAACAAGAGGACCCUAGUUCUGUUUCCAAAUAUCGACGCAGGCAGCAAGGAGAUGGUUCGAGUAAUGCGGAAGAAGGGCAUUGAGCAUCACCCCAAUUUCCGCGCAGUCAAGCACGUCCCAUUCGACCAGUUCAUACAGCUGGUUGCCCACGCUGGCUGCAUGAUUGGGAAUAGCAGCUGUGGCGUGAGAGAGGUUGGCGCCUUCGGAACACCUGUGAUCAACCUGGGCACGCGGCAGAUAGGAAGAGAAACCGGGGAGAAUGUUCUUCAUGUCAGGGAUGCUGACACCCAAGAUAAAAUAUUGCAAGCACUACACCUCCAGUUCGGCAAACAGUACCCUUGCUCAAAGAUAUAUGGGGAUGGAAAUGCCGUUCCAAGGAUUUUAAAGUUUCUCAAAUCCAUUGACCUUCAAGAGCCACUACAGAAGAAAUUCUGCUUCCCUCCCGUAAAGGAGAACAUCUCUCAAGAUAUUGACCAUAUCCUUGAAACGCUGAGUGCCUUGGCUGUUGAUCUCGGAGGGACGAAUCUGAGAGUGGCAAUAGUUAGCAUGAAGGGUGAAAUCGUUAAGAAGUACACUCAGUUCAAUCCUAAAACCUAUGAAGAAAGGAUUAGUUUAAUCCUGCAGAUGUGUGUGGAAGCCGCCGCAGAAGCUGUGAAACUCAAUUGCAGAAUUCUGGGAGUAGGCAUCUCCACAGGUGGCCGCGUGAAUCCCCAGGAAGGAGUUGUGCUGCAUUCAACCAAGCUGAUUCAGGAAUGGAACUCCGUGGACCUCAGAACACCCCUCUCCGACACCCUGCAUCUCCCCGUGUGGGUGGACAAUGACGGCAACUGCGCCGCCAUGGCAGAGAGGAAGUUUGGCCAAGGAAAAGGACAGGAGAACUUCGUGACGCUUAUCACGGGGACAGGGAUCGGUGGGGGGAUCAUCCACCAGCACGAGCUGAUCCACGGCAGCUCCUUCUGCGCAGCGGAGCUCGGCCAUCUCGUGGUGUCCCUGGACGGUCCCGACUGCUCCUGUGGAAGCCAUGGGUGCAUCGAAGCGUACGCCUCUGGAAUGGCCUUGCAGAGGGAAGCAAAGAAACUCCAUGAUGAGGACCUGCUCUUGGUGGAAGGGAUGUCAGUGCCUAAAGAUGAAGCUGUGGGUGCCCUCCAUCUCAUCCAGGCUGCCAAGCUGGGCAACGUGAAGGCCCAGAGCAUCUUACGAACAGCUGGAACUGCUCUGGGACUUGGGGUCGUGAACAUCCUCCACACUAUGAAUCCUUCCCUGGUGAUCCUGUCUGGAGUCCUGGCCAGUCACUACAUCCACAUCGUGAAGGAUGUCAUCCGCCAGCAAGCCUUGACCUCCGUGCAGGAUGUGGACGUGGUGGUCUCAGACUUGGUGGACCCGGCCCUGCUUGGCGCAGCCAGCAUGGUUCUGGACUACACAACCCGCAGGAUCCACUAGGCCUCCUGGGAAUGGACAUGGACCGAGGCUCAAGAGCUGCUUAGUGGAACCAUGUUCUUCUAGAUCAGUGUUUCCUCGAAGGCAGAUUCGGGGGGCUACUGAGACAGCUCAGCAGUUAAGAGCCUGCACUGCUCUUGCCAGUCCCCAGCACCCAUGUCAGGCAGCUCAGCUGCCUGGAAGCCAAGCUCCAGGGGACCCAAUGCCUCUCUGCCUGGGGCAGCCGCACUCAGAUGUACAUACUCCUCUCCACACACACAUACAAAUAAAGCUUAUUUUUCAAAAGGCAAA